GCAUAUAGCACAGUUCAGUUGUACUUAGAAGAGUUAUGGACAAAUUUCUUAACAUUAAAUAUACGCUCCACAGACAAGACGAGUACUUCGAUGACUAUUUGGCUAGCAUAGGUCUCAACUACAUCCAACGAAAGCUUGCCAAGACAAUUCCAGCAAGUGUUGAAAUUGUAAAGUUGAAUGAAAAUGAAUAUUCCUUCAACACAAUUCUUCCUUUUAAAACUCACCAACAAAGAUUUGUUCCUGGUGAAGAAAUUGAACAAACAACGGUCGAUGGACGAAAAGUUAAAAAUAUUUUCACAAUCGAGGGAAAUAAACUAAUUGAACAUCAAUUUGAACCAAAUCGACAAGUAUCAAUAAUCAGAGAAUUUACUGACAAAGAGAUGGCUGGAAAAACAACUGUCGGAAAUUCUUUUGGUGAAGUAACUAACAAGCAUUGGAGCAAAGCUCAAGAAUCAUGAAUGAUUCACGUUUUGUAUUCAUGUCAUGAAAUAAAUUUAUUAAUAUUCAAUUUAUU